AUGCCGGCCCUUUCACCAACUGAGCAUAUUGAGGAAUUACUUUUUAAAACAGAUAUUCCAGAAUUAGCAUUAUCUUCUUCAUCUAUUCAAAGCCCUGGGCAAGAGCAAGAUCAUGGAGAAGAAUUAUCUUCAGCCACAAGUCAAUUCACUUUCAGUGAUACUAUCGAUGAUCAUAAUAAUGGUAAUAAUAUAAAUGACAAUAGCAAUAAUAAAAACAAUGACACUAAACAGAAGGGUUCACCAAGGCAAUGGUUCUUCAAGUCGUUCCAUCAAAAAUCAAAUAAUAAUAAUUCCUCAUCAUCUUCUUUAUUCUCGUCUUCUCCUUUGAAAAAAGAAAAUAAAAAGGAUUUUAAUGAGGUGGAAAAUGUACAAAACGGUACUAUUCAAAAGGAUUCAAAACCUAUUUUAAGGGGUAGAAGGAGCUUCCGUUCUCAUUUUAAACGUGAAAAUAAUAAUUCUACUAAUGAUGAUUCCUCCAACCAAAUUGAAGUAGCAAAGAAUCAUUUUUGGAAUUGGAAAACAUCAAACUCAUCAAUUAAAAAAGAUGACAAUAUUACUGAGUUUUCGAAGUCCACUUCUAAUAAGGAAAGAUUAGCAAAUGAAUUAUUGGGUACAUUAUCGUCAAAAACUUACAGUAAUACAUCAAAGGGUAAGGGUGAUGACUCCACAUUCCUGAAUGCUGGAACAAGUUCCAUUGAAUUGGCUGAAACUGCAAGAAAAAACUUAAAGAAAUUGUUAAAUCAGGAAGAUCUUACUGAUAACGAAACUACUACUGAUACAUUUGGUACUAAUGAAUCCGUAAGCAAUCUUGAAAACGAAAUAGAAAGUCAAAGUGAAAAUGAAACUGAAACAAGAAGCGAAAGUGACGACACAACACAAUCAGAUUUUGAAUCAGAACCUGUAUCAGAGUUUAAGGAUGAAAUCAAAGGUAUAGCUGAGAACGGGAAUACAGACGAAGAAAUUUCCCCAUUGACACCAAUAGAAGAUGUUCAAGAAAAAGAAAAAUUGCUCGUUCCAAACCCAUACAAAUUUGUUUUUGAAACACCAAAUGAAUAUAUAUCUCGACUUGAAAUAUCUACAGAUGCACAAAUAAUUGAUAAAAAAUCUGAAACAUUGAAAAAUUUCCAAGCCGUUUGGAAUUUGUGCACUAUAGGCAAUGCUGAACACGUUGAAGAUCAUUUAACUAAUAUUACAUUAUAUCAAUUGAGCUCUGAAUUAUUGAAAUUAAUUAAAGAAGGAGCUAGAGAAAAGGAAAAGUUGAAGUCAACUUUAAAGGAUAAAAAUGACCAAUUGAAGAAAGUAGAAAGAGAUAUAGCCGACAAGAUUACCAUGAAUUCGACUUUGAAGAAAGAAGUGGAGAGGAAAAAUAACCUUAUUCUUGAAAGAAACCAUUUAAUGCAGAGUGAUCUAAAACAAGAUAAAUUUAAAACAGAUGAAGAAACUCAUCUUGAAAUUUCUUUGAAGAAAAAUAAAGCUAAUACGGACACUGAACAAUUAGAGAAUAAUUCAACUAAUGGGAAAGAACCACAUAGUGCUACAUAUUUGGAAGAAUUACUUUUUACUGAAAAGAAUAAGAACCUAUUAUUAGCCAAAGCAAUUGAUAAAUAUGAAGGGAAACUAACGGCGUUUAGGAAAAAUAAGAAAAUAUCAGACUGCUACAAAACAGAGUCAUUAGAUUUUUUGUGUGAAUUGAGGCGUUCAUUUGGAGGUAUACUUACUAGCAUUACAAUAAACCAGUUUGAUAUUUACUUGAAGAGGUUAUUUUACACCGAUUCCUUAAUUAAAAGUGAAUGCCCUGAUGAUUCUCAAGUUAAUAGAAUGAUUAAAGAUAUUCAACAAUUUUAUCGACAUGAAGUUGUAAAUAAUUUUUUCAAAGAAAUAAUUGCACAAUUUGUUCAAAUGGAAACAUCGAAUACAUUUUUAACGAACCAACUAUUUUCUUUAAGGACUGAAUUGCGCAAUAAAAAUAACUGUAUAUCUUAUUUGAAAAAUGUUGAUCGCACGAAAUCAAGAAGUAGAAGUAGUAGCAAGGGGAGUAUAGUGCAAAAACAUGCUAAUGAAGAUCAAACACGAAGUUCAGAAGCAGUUCCUAUCGAUGCAACAGAUACUACUAAUAUGCAGUCCUUCGGAUGGAAUACUAAAGGUCCAAAAGUUGAAUAUUAA